CACCUGCCUUUUUUGACAUAAUGGUUCAUUUACCUGUGCAUUUGGUGGAACAAGUUAAGCUAGGUGGUCUUGUUGGAAAUAGGUGUAUGUAUGGAAUUGAGAGGUAUCUGUGGGAGUUAAAACAGGAUGUUCGGAAUAAGGGUCGUCCGGAAGGCUCGAUGGCAGAGGGAUACCAAGCUAAAGAAUGUGCUGCCUUCAUUGCUAGAUAUUUGAAAAAGUCAAACAAUCCUUCACAUAUAGUUGAUAAUCAUAGCAAUUCAAAGUCAUUUUUCCCUAAGGUAGGACGUCCUAUCAAGGGAAAAGGAAGAACCUCCAAGAAAAAGAAGCAUCCUGGUUUCAUGAUUGAUCGUAUCAUAUGGGCUCAAGCGCAUCGAUAUGUCCUAUUCAAUUGUGAUUGUGAAGAAGUCGAGAGAUACAUCAAUGAGCACCAGAUUUUUGUUAGCACUCAACGGAAAAGAAAAUGGAAUAGUGCUCAGGAUCAUAGCAAGGAUUUCAUGGAAUGGUUUAGAGAUCAAGUUGAUUUGAAGCUUCGAGAAGAUGAAAGGGAAUAAGCCCAAAGCUCAUGUUGCACAGAUUCCAGAAUAUGAGCGGCAAAGGCUUGAGAAAAUAAGAUUAAAUGCAGAAAGAAUGCAAGCUAAAGGUGUAGGAUUCUUGGCUAACAAAAUACUGGAGAAAAGUCAAGGUUUUAACUUCCCAAGUGGAAAGUUUAAUGAAAUGAUAGAAGAAAAUGAUGAUGAGUCCUCAUCUGAGUAUGAUGGUAACAA